GCUUGGGAAUAAAAAUUGUAUAUUUUUUCAAUUUUUUAUUGUUCUUCAACAUAGUAAUGAAAAACCAGUGCAAUUUUAAGUGAUAAAUUAUUAAGGAGCAAUAUAUGUCCAACGUAAGCUUUGAAAAAUGAGAUGUAAAAUAUCGAACAUUUUACGACAUAACAGACGAAAAGUAUGGCUCCCUCCCAAAGUCAAAUUGUGAGUUUCGCAGCAGGUUCUGCUCUCCUUAUUGGGGGUUUGUUUACAAUUUACUUGAUGAGGAAGCGGAAACAGAACGAAAACACUCCAGAAAAUAAACAAAAACAAACCCCAAAGAGUCAAAAGAAGCAAGAGGAUGAGCAGAAGCCAGGUACAUCCAAGGACCCGAAUGGAACUGUGUCAACAACAGCUGUCAAGCUGUCGGAGAGUUUCGUUGUUCCAUCAGAUGAUGACUGUGGCUCGCCCAUCCCUGACAAGGAAGGCCUUACAGUGUCAGCCUCCUGGGCAAUCCUGAACAGCUCCAACCAGAGCAGCCCUCAGCUGUCUCCUGUGAGCAGUCAGGCAAGCCUGGUAGAUGGGACGGGAGACACAGCCAGCAUGUCUGUAAUAGAGGAUGCAGAGGACAGCAUGAAUGAAGGAGGGGACAAUACCCAAACAAAUACCAUCCUGGAGGCACAUGAUCAAAGUACCAUCAUAGAACAUAGAGGAAUUUUGCGCAGCCAGUUGUCGACGACGGAGCGUGAGGUAGCUCAGAUAGGGGAGGUCACUGUGGAGUACGAGGAGUUACUGCGGGAACACCGUGAGUCUGAAAGCCAACAGUUCACCGCAGAAGAGAUCACAGAGGCCCUCACGGCCACACAGACCCCUGAAAGUGGUCUCACAGAGAGGAACGCUGAGGUCCUUACAGGGCUGCUAACUUACGAUGAUAUCCAUCUCAAACAUGCUGCAGUGCAGGGCAUUGCAAACAGCGCGGCUUUCACGAAAAAUCAAAUCACCCUACGUGAGGCUGAAGUGUUGCCUCGACUGAGCAAGCUGCUGGAGCUACAGCGGAUGUCAUUGUGGUUACGACAUGCUGGCAGCGACACUGCCGUCAACACCACUAUCAACGCCAUCACCAAUAUGGCCAUCAACCCUGAAAACAACACUCAACUUGAGACCUGUGUACCAACACUUGUUGACAUUUCCCUGGAUGCGGACACAGGCUUGGCGACCCGGCUGUCAUCCCUCCAGGCCCUUACAAACCUGUCUGCGGAGGGGGAGCACCAUGGGCACUACACGAGGCUCGUGCAGCAGCUGUACACACUUCUUACGAAGUCGUGGGAUCCGGCCCUCCGUCUACAGGGUCUGAAGAUCCUUGUGAAUCUCUCAUGUAACCCAGACAUGGUUCCACACCUACUCGCUGCUAAGGCUCCUGAGGGGUUGUUGACCUUACUUGACCCUGCAAAAACUGAUGAGGGCCUGAUUCUACGUUUCAUCACAUUUCUGGACAACGUUGUCCAAGUGAAACAAGACCGGCACAUCACUCCCUCCUCUUUGCCCUCCACAGACAAGGCAGCCUCACCGGAAACCAUGUACUCUGCCUUGCUUGGGCUAGGGAAUGUGGCUGACCUCAAGAAUAAAGUGUUUUUGUUGUUCAAACAUACAAACAAUGAAGUGAGACAGCACGCCAAUAGGAUUUAUAACUCCUUGAAAUAACUAUAAGGCUUGUUGGAUCUAGUUCUUGCCAAAAGUGUGUUCCUGUAGUGAUCAGCAGUCAAAUUUGUGUAAAACUGGUUAGUUUUUCAAAUUGGUUAAAAUACCCAAAUGUUUAUUGAUUGGUCAAUCCAUAUCCAAUAAUUACUUCUAACAAACAGUGCAGGAAUAAUCCAGAUAUAAGGAUAGAGACACCUUACCUUCAGACUAUUGUAUGUUUGUAAAGUUUUUUUCUGGGACAUAUAUAUUCAUCAACAACAGUAGGAAAUAAUGAAAAUGAAUAUAAAUGCCUAAGGAAACAAUUUGAAUAGGGGUCUAAGCCCCAGGUUUACCCUGCUGUGGGCAUGAACCCCUCGUACUCAAACAGACCCCCGACAAUGUUUCAGGAUUGACAAUUAUCAGCUGUUAGAAUGAGAAUAUUUAGAUCUAGACCAGUGGAUACCAUAUUGUAUACAAUUAGCUGUCGGAGUUUUCUUGAUUGUGAUUUUACAAACAUGACAUGAUAAUCAUUAAAAGUGUGUUCUUAGGAUAUUUUAUUGUAUAUACACAUGUAUUAUUUACUGGGAACUUUGAGUAGCAAGUUUGUGCUCAUGCGUAUAUUUAAAUAAGAUUAGUAAAACAAUGUACUGGAAUUAAUAAACUAUUUAUUUCUGGAAAUUCCAUGAUCUAGGCUGGCAUUGUAUUGGCAUGAAAGAUUCUGUAGAAUUUGUGAUUUAAUUAUAAGUACAAAUGCUAGUGAAAUGUCACCAUGUUUGUUACAAAAGUAAUACAUGAACAGUAUGUUUAUUUGCAUAUAAACAUUGUUUACUAAUUGUUUUUGAACAAAUUUUGAUACUUUUUAUUUUGUAUAAAUUUCAAUAUACUUUUUAUACUGUUUUCCUGGUUGUAAUUAAUAUUUGAAAUAUUUUAUUUAGUUGAUAUAUAUAUAUAUAUAUAAUGUAAGUAACAAAAAAUGGCCGAGUGUUGCGGGUUCUAUAAUGUGAGUAGCAAAAAUUGGCCGAGUGUUGUGGGUUCCAUCAUUCUCCUCCAGGGAUACUUUCUCGUUGCAUCUAAUUAAGGACACAGUACUGGUUUCUACCCAGGAAACAGACUCCAGUGGUCCAUAUCAACUUUCAGACAUCUUUACCAUGGAGCAGAAAUAAGUCAGUCUGAAAUAAACAUUUACCUGCUCAAAACAUUUUAUUUCUGUUUUUGUAUGAUAUAUUUCUCUUAUGUUACACAAUGCAGUAACAUCUUCAGCUUUUGUGAAACAUGAGAGAUAUAUAUUAAGCAGUGUGUGCAACAAUUUCAGUACUUCCCAUGCAAUGUGAUGACUUUGAUUUAGGACUGGGUUAAUAAGGCAAUGUUUUUAGAGACUGUCCGACUAGAUAAUGUCAUCCCACUGGUAUGUCUGUCACAUAGAAUGCAGGUUUUAGUCACAUUUGGGGCUUUUCUAAAGGCUUCACUUCAGUCAAUAGUAUUGUAUGAACAGUAAUUUUGAUGGCCAGUUACUAUUUCAAAGCUAGAUACAUAAUUAUAUUAGUCUCAAUACAAUUAUGUAAUAUUGUUAUGUCUUCAGAUAUUUAAGUGUUUAUAUCCCAAAUGAAUUAUAAAAAAAAAACUGGAUGAAAGCUAACCCUUGUAAUCAACUCCUUUGUAUAAUAUCUGCUCAUAGAUCUGUCCACAUUUUACCUUAAACAUGUAUGGGAAUGUUUUAUUCUUAUGUGAUAUUAAUUAUGUAACCGUUCACGUGUAAUUUUGACGACCUUUAUGCAAUAGUUUAUUGUUUUCAUUGGAUAACAUAUUUGUUUGAAAAAUGUAUUUUACUGUUUGUGUCACAUUCUUGCUUCUACUUUUUUUUCUACCGUCUUUCUAACACAGCGAUUACAAUAAAAAAUACCAUAUUCAGAGAGAAAAAUUAUUUAGACAAUCUUGAUAAAGCUAGCCAUGUUCGUUAACUAGCAAUGUCACACCAGUCUCCUCAGUGUAGCCCUUGCAUUGCUUCAAUUACACAAACUUAAAAAAAAUAUGUGAAAAAUUGCCUCUCUUGUUCAGUUUUAAUAAUGUUAUUUUCAUGUCACAUUAGAGAGGCUGGGAAACACUACUUGUAUAUUUGUACUUUUAUGUGUACAUGUACUUGUACUUGUAUGUGUAAUCAUAUGUGCACUUGUAUAUGUACUUGUAUUUGAACUUGUAUGAGUACCUUUAUGUGCACUUGUAUAUGUACAUGUAUGUGUAAUCAUAUGUGUACUUGUAUGAGUACUUGUAUCGGUACUUGUGUGAGUGGUUGUAUGUGUACUUGUAUGUGUACAUGUUCUUGUGUUUGUACUUUUACUUGUAUAUGUUCGUGUACUUGUAUGUGAACUUGUAUGAGUACCUUUAUAUGUACAUGUAUAUGUUCGUGUACUUGUAUGUGAACUUGUAUGAGUACCUUUAUGUGUACUUGUAUAUGUACAUGUACUUGUAUGUGAGCUUGUAUGUUUAACUCUGCAUGCUGUGCACUUGUUAAUUUAAUAAAUAAAAAAGCUAGCAGGGUAAUGAAAUGUUCAAAUGUGUAUCUACAGCAAUACAUUGUUUAGGUUAUCGACUGAUAGGUUUUGGAAGAAAAACUUGAUAAAUUUGUUUUUGAAAAUGAGCAAAAGUUUCUUGAAUGCUUCCAUACAGUUAAAUAUUAUUCAGUGUUUAAAUAUGUUUAUUUGUUAACAAAUUGUUAUACAUUUUUUAUGUAGAGCAAAACUUAGAGCAGAAAAAUAAAUCAAUAAAACAUU